AUGACAGCAGUUAAGCAAAGUGCGAAACGAUCGAAAUGGGCAUUGGAUUUUGCACACAAAAAUAAACAAGAAAAGAAUACGGAUAUUACUUCUCCACCGGGCUAUACACCUGCGGUAGCCCUAUUUCAUGCAGCUGAUUCGAUUCGAGAAUCAGAUUCUAAUCACUUGAUAAUCAAGAAGUCAUGGGAUUUAGCAUUGGGUCCUCUCAAACAAGUUCCAAUGAAUUUGUUUAUAAUGUACAUGGCUGGUAAUUCUAUAUCGAUAUUUCCUAUCAUGAUGGUUGGCAUGCUGAUCAUCAGACCGGUGAAAGCAUUAUUUACUCUUCAACAAACAUUUAAAGUGAUAGAAGGUACACAUGCGUUCGGACAAAAGUUUGUGUACAUCUUGGGACAAUUGGUAAAUAUCGUGCUAGCGUUGUACAAGUGUCAAUCGAUGGGAUUGCUUCCGACGCAUGCAUCGGACUGGUUAGCGUUCGUAGAACCGCAGGCACGGUUGGAAUAUUCUGGUGGCGGGUUCAUAUAUGUAUGACGUAAGAUGUAAUUAUCUUCAAACGUAAUGUGUACAUUCAAAUUAAACGGUCGUUGUGAA